CAAAAAAACAAAACAAAACAAAAAAAGUAACUAUUGUCUUCCAGUUCUCCCAUCAUGGCCACGUUUCACAUCAGCGUGGCCUGUGUGGUAGCUUCACUCCUACAACUGUGUGCACUUUCUGCUUCUGGACAGGGAAUCUUUGGCUUCACAGAAACAGGCGACACAGAAGGUUAUGAGUACUAUUAUGACUACGUCACUGAAAGCCCUGCAGAGGAUUAUUAUUUGAACCUAGAUGAUUGGUUGUAUGGGCUUCUGGACAUUUCAGACGAGUGUGAUCCCAAUCCGUGUUUGAAUGGAGGCGCAUGUAGCAGCUCCACGGACGGUGGCUUCCAGUGUUCAUGCCCUGAGCCUUACACAGGAAAAAAGUGUCAGAAAGUCAAAGAUGUUUGCAAGAAUGUGAAGUGUGGCCACGGGAGCUGUGUCGUCACGUCUGCUGCUCCUUUCUACCAGUGCAAGUGCAAACCUCCAUACAAGCCACCCAACUGCAAGAAAGCUUCUUGCCGACCCAAUCCCUGCCACAACGGAGGUUCGUGCAGGAGGGACUCCGCCCGCUCCUCCUUUCAAUGCUCUUGCCCUGCCGGGUAUAGUGGGAAGUUCUGUGAAGUCGGUUCAAACGACUGUUACCAAGGUGACGGAGAGUCUUACCGCGGCAUGGUGAGUGUGACCAUUGAGGGGGAAGAGUGUCUGGACUGGAAUUCGUAUUUCGUCCUGCAGAAAGGGGGAGAUCCGUUCAAAGAGUACGAAGGCUUCGACGGGAUUGGACCCCACAGCUACUGCAGGAACCCCGAUGGAGAUGAUCAGCCCUGGUGCUUUAUUAAGAAAAACGGCAGACUGAAGUGGAACUACUGUAAAAUUAGAAAAUGUUCUGAGGCUCCAGGAAUCGCGCCGACAGAUCCGGCUCCAGCUCCAGCUCCAGUCGGGCCCGACGUCUCCACGGCCUGGUUCUCCCAGUGUGGGAGGCCGCAGCCUGGACGCUCAUCCAGGAUCUUCGGGGGCAAAAAGUCUCUUCCUGGAGCUCAUCCUUGGCAGGUUUCCUUGCAGACCAGAGACCAGAGAGGCUUGGGACGCUUCAACCACAUCUGUGGAGGCAUCCUCAUCGAGUCCUGCUGGGUACUCACUGCUGCACACUGCAUUAAAAGUGGAGCGGAGAUGCAGGUGGUGCUCGGAGGCGUGGACAUAGAUAGAGAUGAAGUGUAUGAUCAGGUCAUUCCUGUGGAGAAUGCCAUUGUGCACCGGGAAUACAGGCAGACGCCCUUUGCUGUUUACAAUGACGUCGCCUUGCUUAAGCUGAAAUCCACACAGAGACCGUACUGCGCCAAAGAGACUCGCUUUGUGAAGACGGCGUGUCUACCAGACCAGCCUUUCAACAGCGGGACAGAGUGUGUGAUCUCAGGAUGGGGUGUGACGGAAACACAGACUUACGGCACCAACCAGCUGCUGGACGCUCGCGUCCUCCUCAUCUCCCAGGACAAGUGUAAAGCCCCCCACGUUUACGGAAGCUCCCUGGACGACAGCAUGUUCUGCGCGGGCAACAUCAACGGGGGCGUGGACUCCUGUCAGGGCGACUCCGGGGGCCCUCUGGUGUGCGAGCGUAACGGGACCCACUACGUCGUUGGCGUGGUGAGCUGGGGCGACGGCUGCGGGAAGAAAUACAAGCCGGGCGUCUACGCCAACGUCAGGAGAUUUGUGGACUGGAUCGCUCUUCAUUUACGCUCGUGAGAAUGCGUUUCUCACUCUGCGAAGUCCAAGAAUUUUCUUUUGCAAGAGCCAGUUUCAGGGUUUUGGCUCCAUCAGUAGAAUGUGCCCAAGUAAAAUUUACUCAAGUAAUGUACUAAGUUCUUUGCAUACCACAGUCUACCUCUUGCUACACAAUAAAAAAGUUAAAAUACA